GCUUCUUGGCAAGGCACACCUGGUGGCUGCAUCUGCAGACGAGCAUCGAUCGAUCAGUAGCCAGAGGGCGUAGCCAUCCAACCAUCAGCUGAUCAGCCUCUGAUCUUUCUGUGCCCGCCGCAGAUCCUUUAUCCUCUUCCUCAGGCAGCACGCAAAUCAGUCGAAUGCGAUGAAGCAAAAGAUCGUGAUCAGGGUGAGCCAGCUGGCGAGCGAGAAGACCCGAUCCAAGGCCAUGGCGCUGGUCGCCAAAGCAGACGGGGUGAGCUCGAUGGGGGUUACCGGCGACGGCAAGGACCAGCUGGAGGUGGUCGGCGACGGCGUCGACACGGUCUGCCUCGUCCUGUGCCUGCGCAAGAAGAUCGGCCACGCCGAGAUCCUCAAAGUGGAGGAGGUGAAGCCGGCCGAGAAGAAACCGGAGGAGAAGAAGCCCGACGAGAAGAAGCCGGAGCCGCUGCCGUACUGGUGGUACCACAAUUACUACCACUGCCACCCGCAGCCACCGUGCUGGUGACCGGACGUUCAUGGAGGUGGCCGUUAGUUUUGGGGAAUUGGAAUUCAGCUCAUGCUCGCUCUAUAUUUGUGUUCGGGCUGUUUUAUAUUUGAGUGAAACAAAAAAAAAAGAGGCAAAAAAGCUGUUACGGUGUUACCCAUAUUCUAUCUGUUUUCAGUUUCCACCCCCUGUCCA